CUCCUUCGGCAAGAUUGCGCCGCCGGGAGAAGGUGCCGCUGCUGCCAAUGCUACUAGCCCUGGCGCCACUCGUAUUCCUACCUUGUACAAGGACUUUGGGAUGUUUGAUAAGCACGGUUUCAUCUAUGUCCCAACCUCCAUUGGGGAAUCUGCACCUGGCACCGGGGAAGCGUCCUCCUCCUCGCCGCAAGACAGCGGCUCCUCUCACAAGAUUGGGCCGCCAGGAGAAGGUACUGCCGCCGCCAAUGCUACUAGCCAUGGUGCCACUCCUGUCCCUACCCCGGAUAAGGACUUUGGGAUGUUUGAUAAGCACGGUUUCAUCUAUAUUCCCUCCUCCAUUGGGGAAUCUGCACCUGGCACUGGGGAGGCGCUCUCCUCGCCGCAAGAGAGCGACUCCUCUGACAAGAUUGCGCCACCAGAAGAAGCUGACAAUGCUACUAGCGCUGCUGCCACUAAAGCUGCUGCCACUCCUAUCCCUUCCCCGUACAAGGAGGAGGAUGCCCACUGGAGGCCAAGGAAGAAGUCCACCAAGGGGGUCGCCCGCUUCAAGCUGGUCAAGGAUAAACGCCCCACGCCGGCUAAAGUUGGGAAGACGCCCGUAACAAAGGACCCUGGUGAAUCAUCUGUUCGAGGUGCCACCGAUCAGAAGUCGACAAAGCGCAAGUUGGACGUCGAUGCAAUAGAAGUCAUCACAGGGAGUUUCAACAGAGCCAGGCUGGUGGAAAAUCUGAUGCGCCUUGCCAAUAUGCCAGAUGGGGUGAUGAAGAAGACGAAGAAGAAGAAGAAAACAAGUGCUGGUGAACAGGCUAUAGUUCCUUAUGAUGCAGCAGCUGAUAUGUCGUGCUCCGCAUUGGUUCCGGUUGGUACUCCCGGGCAGCUUGCUAUGGUCCGCCAUGCUAAUCACGGGAAGAAGGUGCGGGCCAAGGUGGUAGGCCUCGAUGCCGAGACGUUGCGAGUGCACGGUGUUCUGGCGAAGUGGGACGAGGCUGCCAGCGAAAGUUUUGAAGGGCUGGAUAUCGGCAGCGGGCCUGAAUGGAAUGAAGUACGGCGGAAGUAUAAACAACUUGUGGAUUGGUUUAUUUCUGUCGUGAAGGAUUUAUUCGGUUCCAGAAAAUUUUCGCAAUGGGGAGGAUCUGUACUUGAUUCCGUGGUCGGUACUUUCCUUACACAAAACGUUGCUGACAAUUUAUCAAGCAAUGCUUUUAUGACACUGGCAGCAAAAUUUCCUAUGGAUAAGAGGAAAGAUAAUGCUGAAGAAUGUUCAUAUGAGCCUCCGUUAACAGAUGAUGUCUUGAAUUGUAAUGAAGCAUCAUCUGCUGCGAAUGUUAAUUCGUUGUUUUCCAAACCGGCUGAUUAUGAGAAAGUAGGCUGCACUGACGAGGUAAAAGGACAAUAUGGUGAAGACUACAAAACUAUUAUGGAGAAUUUCCUUACUAUUAUACAAGAGAAAGAUGUCUCUACUUGGGAGAAGGAUGAUCUUUUGAACUUAGUCAAGAGUAAGUCUGGAAAAGAAAUAUGCACAGAAAGAACCUUGAGAAAGUUCAUAGCUUCGUUGCGCCUGGAAGAUACUGCUCACUGGGACAAGUUACGUGUCGAAGCAUGUAUUGAAGGAUACGAUAGCAAAAGUAAAACUAGAGUACCUGACAAAGUAGAUUGGGAAGCUGUACAGAAGGCAUCACUUGUCGACAUUGCAAAGUGCAUCGCAGGCAGGGGACAACAUUACCUGCUGGCAUUGCGGAUACAGGCAUUUCUCACGCGGAUAAAGAAAGACCAUGGAAGUUUUGACCUGGAUUGGCUUAGAUGUGUACCGCGGGAAAGCGCAAAAAAAUAUCUACUCAGUGUAAAUGGACUUGGAGCUAAAAGUGUUGACUGCAUACGUCUUUUGUCACUGAAUCAUAAAGCAUUCCCAGUUGAUGUGAAUGUAGCUCGCAUAGUCACAAGGCUAGAAUGGGUCGAACUCCAAUGCUGUGAUGAGGAGUUUCAUUUGGUUGACUUAUACCCACUCAUGGAAGAUGUGCAGAGUUACUUAUGGCCAAGAUUAUGUACUAUUGACAAGGAAAAAUUGUAUGAACUACACUGUCUCAUGAUAACUUUCGGAAAGGUAAUUUGCACAAAAGUAGAUCCAAAUUGCAAUGCUUGCCCUUUCCGUUCAGGAUGCAGGUGGUAUAGAAGUAAACGUAGCAGGCCACUGCUUCCUCCUGCAGAGGAGCAUGUGCAUGGACAUAGUGAAGGGCAAGCAAGUAUGAUUACUUCUGAGAGGCUCUUGUUGUCAAAUGGUAGCUGCACGCCAAGUCAGCAAGUGUGCCAACUUGAAAUCAAUGAAAGCAGGACUGCUGGAAGGCAACCCACUCGUAGCUGUGAGCCCAUUAUUGAGGUGCCACCAAGUCCUGAAUAUGAAUACGAAGCACUUGAUGAACAGGGAUAUCCCAGUGAAGAUGAUCUUGUUGAUAUUGAAGAUCUUAUGUCAGGAGUAGAGUACGACGGUGAAAUCAAUUUGUGUUCAAACAAGCCUAUGGCGAGCAACGGCUCUUGGACACCAAGUUGUGGAAAAGGCUUGGCACUGAACGAUUCACGCUACACACAGAGAAAAUUGAAAAACAUAGGACAUCUUAGGACGGAGCACCAUGCGUAUGUGCUCCCAGAUGAUCAUGCUAUCUUGGAAGAGUUUGAAGAUAGAAUUCCAGAAGAUCCAUGUCACUAUCUCCUGGUUGUUAUUCCUUGUCCCGAUGACCACAUGGUGAAAGGCACAGUUCUGAUACCCUGUCGAACAGCGUCCGAAGGGAACUUUCCAUUGAAUGGUACCUACUUUCAGGAACAUGAGGUCUUUGCAGAUCAUGCAUCUAGUCGUUUCCCAAUUACCAUCCCUAGAGAGUGUAUCUGGGAGCUGGAGAGACGCAUUGUAUAUUUUGGUUCAUCAAUACACUCCAUCACAAAAGGUCAGCCAAGACAAGACAUUGAAGACUGCUUCAAGAGAGGACAUGUAUGUGUAAGAGGAUUCGAUCGGCGGACAAGAUACCCGAGGCGGUUAUGCGCCACGUUGCAUUCCAUCGCCGGCGAGAAGAAAGAGAGCAGUAAUGAACAGAAAGAAAGCGCCUCGAGCAAAUGAUGUGUUGACAUGUAGAUGUGUACAUACAUAUCGUAGCUGGAGCGACUCUGAUCUAGUCUAGUUGCCUGAUGAUCUGUUGGUAUAGGCUAGUUAGAAGAUGUAGAGCUGAAUGGAACUCUUAGGCAACGGCAGGAGUAAUAAUGGUUCUUUUUUUACAGUCUUUUUUUUUCGAGGAAUUUUUGACAGGCUCCUUUGUAUCUUUGAGAUAUUGUAAGAACGGAACUGCCUCACAUACGACAAUUUGGUGUCCGAUUCAUGUACGACGGACUAUCUUACCGCUUGUUGUUGCUCUGCUUCCA